GUGUGUGCCCUGCAGCGACGAGUAGGUGGAGCUGCCCAGGGAUGGGCAGCCCUGGAUGCCCCAGCCCUCCGAAAUCCAGAGGCUUUAUGAACCGCUGGCUGCCCACAGUAUCCUGGAGCUGCAAGCAGAGAUCCUGCCCCGCCGGCCGCCCACGCCCGAGGCCCAGGGCGAAGAGGAGAGAUCCGACGAGGAGCCGGAAGCCAAAGAAGAGGAAGAGGAAAAACCACACAUUCCCACGGAAUUUGAUUUUGAUGAUGAGCCAGUGACACCGAAGGACUCCCUGAUUGACCGGAGACGCGCCCCAGGAAGCUCAGCCCGGAUCCAGAAACGGAAGGCCCGCCUGGACAAGGUGCUCUCGGACAUGAAGCGACACAAGAUGCUGGAGGAGCAGAUCCUUCGUACUGGGAGGGACCUCUUCAGCCUGGACUCCGCGGAUCCCAGCCCCACCAGCCUCCCACUCCGAUCCUCAGGGAGCAGUCUCUUCCCUCAGCAGCGGAAAUACUGACUCCUGCUGCUCCUGCCUCUAAGGUACAGCGUCUGUACCUGCUGGGGCCUGGGCCCUCCUUGCCCAGCCCAGACACUGAGAAACUUGGAAAGAAUAGAGAAACCCCAAGCUCCCAAACAGCUUGUUGCGGGAAAGAGGGAAAGAGGAAGAGAGAGAAAAACAAGAGAUAGAGAGAGAAUGUGUGUGU